CACAGACUGAAAAGGGAAUUCAACGUUUAGACCGCUUGGAUUACAAAACAGAAACCGCGUUUGCAGAAUAUCAAAACCAUUUCGGAUAAUCUGCUUCUUAGAAGUGCGUUCAAGGAAAAUGUAUCAUUAAUUAUUCUAUCUCGCGAUAUUGCACAGAUUUCAAUAAUUUGUGUGUCAAAUACUGGAUUUUCUGGAGGUGAAAUCGUCAGCAACAAUAUGCCCUGGACAAUGAAAUGGCAAGUACGAUUGUUUGUUUCCUGCUUCUUUAUUGCGAAUGUAGUCUUUGGUCAGGUCAGAUAUUCUAUUCCAGAGGAAAUGACAAAGGGAUCGUUUGUAGGAAAUAUCGCGCAAGACUUGGGCGUUGAUAUUAAAAGACUGAAAUCUGGCAAAGCUCGGGUUUUUACUGGUGGCAGCACGGAAUAUAUUGAGCUGAACCUCGAUAAAGGAAUAUUGGUUGUCAAAGACAGAAUAGACCGAGAGCAGAUAUGCCGACAAACAAUUCCUUGUAGUAUACAUUUUCAGAUUGUGUUAGAAAGCCCAAUGGAGCUACACCGAGUGAUUGUUGAAAUACUAGAUGUAAACGACAAUGCGCCCACCUUUCCUAAAAAAGAAAUUAGGCUGGAAAUGAAUGAGUUAGCUGUGCCUGGAGCUCGUUUCCUAUUAGAGAGUGCAGUGGAUCUGGACGUGGGAGUAAAUACAUUACAAAGCUAUACUCUUGAACCGAGUGAUCAUUUUGCUUUAAAGUUACACGCCCGUGCAGAUGGAAGUAAAUACGUGGAGAUGAUGCUUCAGGCACCUCUAGACCGAGAGAAACAAGAAGAGCACAAUCUGAUUUUAACAGCCAAAGACGGCGGGGACCCACAGAGAUCCGGUAGAAUGAAAAUACACAUUAUUGUACUGGAUGCCAAUGACAAUGCCCCGGUAUUUUUACAAGCCUUGUAUAAAGCAACUGUCUCCGAAAAUGCUGCAAAGGGCACCGUUGUUCUAACAGUUAGCGCUUCAGAUGCAGACGCGGAUUCAAACGGUGAAGUAACCUAUUCCUUUUCGCACACCACUGCUAGCGUUUCAGAGCUUUUCAGUAUACACCCACAUAGUGGUGAAAUACUGGUUGUAGGCGACAUAGACUAUGAAACUGUUAAAUCUUGUGAAAUAAAUAUCCAAGCACGGGACCACGGAGGUCUAACAGACUCCAGUAAGGUAAUAAUUGAAAUCAAAGAUGUGAAUGACAAUGCUCCCACAAUUACGCUAAUGUCGUUCUCCAGUCCCAUUCCAGAAGACUCCUUGCCUGGCACUGUCUUAGCCAUGCUUAAUGUUGAAGACAGUGAUUCAGGAAACAAUGGGAAGCUUCGGUGUUCCAUCAAUCAGGAUAUUCCGUUUGAAAUUAAAUCGUCUUCUCUGAACUUUUACACUAUUGUGACAGACCGUGUUUUGGACCGAGAAACGAUUUCUGAAUAUAAUAUCACAGUCAUUGCCAGAGAUGAAGGUUCUCCGCCUUUGUCGAGUAAUAAGACAAUCAGUUUGAAACUAUCCGAUGUGAAUGAUAAUGCACCAGUUUUCAAGAGAAAUGUAUACACUUCUUAUGUGAUGGAAAACAACUCCCCUGGUUUAUCGGUAUUUUCAGUCAACGCAGAUGAUGCUGACUGGGGGCAUAAUGCUAAAAUCUCUUACUUUCUAGAAGAAACAAAAUAUAAUGGAAUUCCGGUAUCCUCGUAUAUUUCCGUGAACGCAGAAAGUGGCACGGUCUAUGCUGUGCGCUCUCUUGACUAUGAGCAAAUUAAGGAUUUCAAAAUUAACAUUAGAGCUCAAGACGGGGGCUCUCCACCCCUCAGCAACAACGUAACUGUUCAUAUAUUUGUCCAAGAUCAGAACGACAACUCUCCACAGGUCCUCUACCCAGUGCACACUGAUGGCUCUCUGGUGGCUGAAAUGGUGCCUCGUUCAGCAGAUGCUGGCUAUCUUGUCACUAAAGUUGUAGCUGUUGAUGCUGACUCUGGACAGAACGCCUGGCUCUCGUAUAAACUGCUGAAAGCGACAGACAGGGCGCUGUUUGAAGUGGGAUUACAGAACGGAGAAAUAAGAACUUUACGUCAGGUCACUGAUAAAGACGCUGUGAAACAGAGGCUUGUUGUUGUAGUGGAGGACAACGGGCAGCCCUCUCGUUCAGCUACAGUGAAUGUGAACGUGGCGGUGGCGGACAGCUUCCCUGAAGUGCUCUCGGAAUUCAGUGACUUCUCACAGGACAAGGAUUACAACGACAACCUGACUUUUUAUUUAGUCUUGUCCUUGGCUGUCGUUUCCUUUCUUUUUAUAGUUUCAAUCAUAGCCUUGCUGUCAGUAAAGUUCUAUAAAUGGAGACAUACUAAGCUGUUCUAUCACUCCAAUGCGAAUCUUCCCGUUUUUCCAAGCGCGCACUAUCCACCGCAUUACGCAGACGUUGGUGCAACCGGAACCCUGCAGCACGUGUACAAUUACGAGGUGUGCUUGACCACUGACUCGAGAAAAAGCGAUUCCAAAUACGUCAGACCUUGUCAUGACAGUACAGUUAAUGUUGAACCCAGUGGCACAGGGACACUACAGAAGGAACAAACUAUGAAGCAGGACAUACAGCUAAGUUCAGAGGUUCGAUAUUCCAUACCAGAAGAAAUGGUGGUGGGUUCUUUCGUCGGUGAUAUUGCAAAAGAUUUGGGACUGGAUCUUAAAAGGCUGAUGGACAGAAGAGCUCGGAUAUUUACCGCGGGCAGCAGUGAGUAUGUGGAACUGGACAAGCAAAGCGGGCAUUUGAUUGUUAAAGAGAGAAUAGACAGGGAACAGUUAUGCGAAAAAAUAUCUGCGUGUAGUUUUAGUUUCGAGAUCAUUCUCGAAAAUCCGAUGGAGCUGCAUCGUAUUACCGUGGAAAUACUGGAUAUUAAUGACAAUUCCCCUCUAUUUCCGAAGAAUAAAAUUGAGUUGAAAAUAAGCGAAUCCGCACUACCAGGAGCACGAUUUUCACUGGAAAGUGCCGUAGACCCAGAUGUGGGAACUAAUUCUCUCCAAAGCUACUCCCUUGUACCCACUGAUCAUUUCAAUUUAAAUAUUCACAGUCGUUCGGGUGGUAGUAAAAACGUAGAAAUGGUGCUCCAAACUGCUCUGGACAGAGAAAUGUAUGAAGAGCAUUAUUUGACAUUGACUGCAACCGAUGGCGGAAAUCCUCAGAGAUCUGGCACGGUUAAAAUCCAUAUAAGUGUUCUAGAUGCCAACGAUAAUGCUCCUUUGUUUAGCCAGUCUGUUUACAAAGCCUCGGUGCCAGAAAACGCAGUAAAGGGUACAAUGGUAACUACAGUAAGUGCAACAGACGCGGAUAAAGAAUCCCACGGCUAUGUACAAUACUAUUUUGAGCACGUUUCACCCAACAUCAGAGAAGUCUUUGAAAUAGAUCCCAGUACUGGUGAAAUAAGAGUGGUAGGCCAAUUAGACUUUGAGAAAUGUAAAGUGUAUGAGAUAAAAAUUCAAGCAAUAGAUCAGGGCAGUUUAACAGACUCCACUGAGGUAGUAAUUGAUGUUAUUGAUAUUAAUGAUAAUAUGCCUAAAAUAGCGCUAAUGUCAUUCUCAAGCACCAUAGCUGAAGAUUCAGUGCCUGGUACAGUAAUAGCCAUGAUUAAUGUCCAGGAUCUUGACACGGGAAAGAACGGUCAAGUUACCUGUUCCAUUGAUAGAAAUCUGCCAUUCAAAAUAGAAUCGUCUUUGACGAACUAUUACAGUUUGGUGACUGACACAAGUCUGGAUAGGGAACAGACCUCCCAAUAUAACAUUACAAUCACUGCUGCUGACGAGGGUGUUCCAUCACUAACAAGUAAACAGACAUUAACCAUAACAAUAUCCGACGUCAACGACAAUGCGCCUGAAUUCGAUCAGGAAGUAUUUAGCGCAUAUGUGAUGGAAAACAAUUCACCUUCAUUAUCUUUAUUUUCUUUAAAAGCCAAAGACGCAGAUCUGGGACCCAAUGCUCGUAUUUCAUACUUUAUUGUAGAAAACACUUUAAGUGACAUACCACUGUCGUCUUAUAUUUCAAUAAACAUAGACAGUGGAACACUCUAUGCCGUGAGACCUUUUGAUUAUGAAAAGGUCAGGGAUUUCAAAAUUGUUGUUAAAGCUCAAGACGGUGGCUCUCCACCUCUUAGCAGCAACGUGACUGUAAAUAUUUUUGUCCAAGACCAGAAUGACAACUCUCCACAGGUCCUCUACCCAGUGCACACUGAUGGCUCUCUGGUGGCUGAAAUGGUGCCUCGUUCAGCAGAUGUUGGCUAUCUUGUCACUAAAGUUGUAGCUGUUGAUGCUGACUCUGGACAGAACGCCUGGCUCUCAUAUAAACUGCUGAAAGCCACAGACAGGGCGCUGUUUGAAGUGGGAUUACAGAACGGAGAAAUAAGAACUUUACGUCAGGUCACUGAUAAAGACGCUGUGAAACAGAGGCUUGUUGUUGUAGUGGAGGACAACGGGCAGCCCUCUCGUUCAGCUACAGUGAAUGUGAACGUGGCGGUGGCGGACAGCUUCCCUGAAGUGCUCUCGGAAUUCACUGACUUCUCCCAGGACAAGGAUUACAAUGACAACCUGACUUUUUAUUUAGUCCUGUCUUUGGCAGUAGUGUCCUUUCUUUUUAUUGUUUCCAUCAUAGUCUUCUUGUCUGUGAAGUUUUACAGAUGGAAACAUACUAGGCUGUUCUAUCAAUCCAAUGGGAAUCUCCCUGUUAUUCCAACUGCAUAUUGCCCACCUUAUUAUGCAGAUAUUGGUGGUACCGGAACUCUGCAGCGCAUGUAUAAUUACGAGGUGUGUUUGACAACUGACUCCAGAAAGAGUGAUUUCAAGUGUGUCCGGCCAUGUAGUGACAGUACUGUUAAUGUUGCCCCCAGUGGCAUGGAAACAGUACAGAGGGAAAACAAUCUGAAGGAAGACUCAGGCCUUAGCACAGAGCAAAAGCCUCCAAACACUGACUGGCGUUUCUCCCAAGGACAGAGACCAGGACCUAGUGGGGCUCCACAGCGGCCAGAAGAAGCAGGACCAUGGCCCAACCCUCCAACCGAAGCAGAGCAACUCCAGGCCCUUAUGGCAGCUGCCAAUGAGGUGAGUGAAGCCACAAACACUCUGGGAGCAAGUACCCUGGGACCCGGCACCAUGGGCCUGAGCACACGAUACAGCCCCCAGUUCACCCUCCAGCAUGUUCCAGACUACCGGCAGAACAUCUAUAUCCCAGGCAGCACCGCAACACUGACCGGCAACAAUCCACAGGCCCAGACCCAGGCGCAGGUUCAAGUUCAGGCCUUGCCUCAGCCACAGCCCGCAGCGGUAGAGGCGCCUAAACCUGCCCAGACCCCGGCCAACAAGAAGAAGUCUGGAAAGAAGGAGAAGAAGUGAAGAGCCGCCGACACAGGGCUUAGGUCACAAAAGAUCUCUUUCAAUCGGAUACACACAUAAACACACACACACGCAAAAGACUACACCUUCAUUUUUUGUUGUAUUUUUCGCUCUUUAACCUGAAUGUUACACAGUUGUUAUUAGUGGCUUGGAGCUUAGUAAGCCGUGGGUUUUUAGUCCGUUUUAUUUGUAGGACUCCCUGUAGUGUGCGUUCAUCGUUAUUUGAGUAUAACAUGAAGUUCUUUAAAAGUAGAGGUAUUAUUCCUGGAAUAAAAAAAAAGUGAUUCAUGAAUCCAGAUGGAUUUAAAGGUAUGACGUUAACAGUAAAUAAAAUCAAAAUGGGAACUUCAGGGCUUUGCCCUAUAUUGUAGUAUUAGUAUAAAUAUGAGUCAUUUACAAAGUAUAUGCCACAUUAUGGAUUUUGUUUGACUGUGACAAAAUGCAAAGUACAUGCUUCUAGUGAGAAAGAAGUGGCUUUAUUUUGAACUGAAUUUAGGAUUUUCAGAAAAGAAUCAGUUUUAAGCAGUAGCUCCUAAAAUAAAAUACAGUAGAUGCUUGCAUGAUCCAUUUCUUGACUACAGAAUUAAACUACAGAAGUUAAACUAUGCAUUAAAUAAAAAAAAACAGUGUUUGACAGGUAAGAAGAGAUGUCCUAAACCAGCAGCAGAAACUGCUGUAUCUUCUCAAAAAUGCAUUAGUAGUAUUAACUAUAGAUAAUGUUGCUUAAAAUAAUAUAGCUUAUAAAGAAAAAUAUGGGUUUGUUUUAGACCUCCUUAUGUUGUUUAACAGAAACUUCAAAUUUCAAGUUCUUUUGAAAACUAAUUUUGCUGCAGCUACCAGAUGAAGUGUUGAAUGCCAUAUAAAACUGUCCUACAGUAGAGGAGCAGUUUCAAAAUUACAUGGCAAGAGUAAUUUUGGUAAUCAGUGCCAUGCCAUAGGAUUUUCAUACACAACAGUGGUACUGCAUAUAUAUAUAGCACAUGUCAAUCAAAAUUGAAAUUUACCACUGGCACGGCCAGUGUUGACAUUGAUAAUCUCCUGGCAGAAGCCUUUGAGAUGUAAGUUGCAUUGACCUUUCGUUGGAAUCAUUACAGUAUAUAACAAUAUAAAGCUUUGCAUUUCCAGCGGUUUAUUGCAUGCAUCACAUUCAUGUCACAUUUUACACGCACUGUAACACAGCUUCGCUUUACUAAGACUCGGCCAUGUGUUGCAUGAGACAAGUACGCUGCAUGAGAUGGCCACACCCCUGUUUAAACCAAGCUGAAGGAGCCUACAGGUUGAUUUCAGUAGACAGCAUGAAGAAGAAGGACUCAAUGGGAUGUUAUGAAGGCUGAGAUAUUGUAGAUACACAAAUUAACACUAGGGACCCAAGCAACUACUUAGUCCAAAACACUGCUUGCUGAAUGCAUCUUGUUUUGGUUUAGGGAUGGGGCUAGAAGUUUAAUUAUUCAAGACUAUGAGGAGUAGGAAGUGUGGGAAAAGUAAAUUCUGUGUACUGGGGCUGUUGCAUCACUUAACACAAAACACAGGUGCUGCCCAAUCCUAAAGAGUAUUUAAGUAUAUAAGUGAUUUCAAAACCAGAAAGCUAGAAGAGGCCAAACGUGGACUGCCAAGGAUAUAAUAUCAGGCCUUAUUAGACAGCCCUGUGCUCCCCAAAAAAGUCCAUGUUAACUGCUCUUUGAAUAACUCUUCUAGGCAAAGACUUUUGUACAGAGUUGUACAGAGCUUGAAGUCUUCAAUGCAUAGGCUCAUUUGUGGUAAUUAAGUCCAUAAUUCAUUUAACCUAAUAAAUGUAGAACGUGGCACUAUUUAGCAGUUUGCUUUAUUGCUUGUGAUUCUGACUACAGUAUACUGGGUGUAUGCCACUGACAUGAUGUCAAAGGUAAAGAAUUGUUUUUUACAAAGCAACAUACUGGAUCAGAAAUGUAAGGGCAGUUUAGAUGAUGUGCACGUGGAAGGAUAGAGAAGAGCUUGUCUGACAGUUGCAAAUGUGGUGAUCAGAUACUGACCUGAAAGAGGUGAGACGUGAUAUUUGUGGCUUAACAGUCAAUGCCUUACAGCUCUGCCGAACACACAUUUUGCCAGGGCUAGUAGAAAAAACACUGGGGGACCUCUGUAGAUGCCUUUCUUUUUAGGAGUCUUUAGAAAUCAAAUAUCUUGUGGGGAAAAAAAGACGAGGGUGUACAGUGUUUCAUUCCCUUUACAUUUCACCUCCUGACAUAGGCAUGUGAAUGCCUGCCCCUCACCACUCCCACUUUAGGCCAGAUGAGUUUACCAUAGCCUGUACAGUGAUUCCAGUCACUCUUGCUGCACCUGAUGUGGAUUAAAUAUGAGCACUGUCUUGUUUGACUGGUCAUCAGAGUGCAGAUGCAAGAGGCCCGCAAAGCCACUGUGUUUGCAUUGCAAAUUCAGGGAAGAAGGCAGAGCAGCCUAUUUUGGGCUAAAUUAUAGAGGUAUCUUUCACGCACAAACCAGUCAAAGCGCCAGUAACGGAGACAGCAAGUUUGUAACAGCAAGACUACAAUGGAAAAUACCUUUACAGGCUCUGUAUCUGUAUCUAACCCGAUUUACAUUUCAUUUGCCACUUUGUAUUGCAUCAAUUUGUCUCCAUUCCUUAUUUUUCUGUGUAAAUAAUGCCAGAUUGUCAUUGGAGGACCAGCUGUCUGUAUGGACCACUUAAAAGAAAAUAAUCAAAAGGAAAGAGAAAAGCCCCCAGAUGUGGCUACUACUGGAAUGUUUUACAUAUUUUUCAGAAAAAAAAGAAAAUGAAAAAAAAACAGAAAUGUCUUCAAGUGUAGUUGUAUAGCAACUGAGCAUUAAGAUCACGAUUAAUAACAAGUGUACAUAAAAUUUAAAUAACACAUGAAUAGAGUAGAAAUGUGAUUGAUGAUGUGCAUAUUUUAGUGUUUUUUCUCUGUUUUACCACCCAAUACUAAAAAAAAACAUAAAAGGUUAAAAUGUUAAAAAAACAUUUUGUGUUUCUAUUCAGCUGUAACUUUUUAUAUGUGUUUGUGAUUAAUAAGUGUUUGUGCUGAUGGAAUGCCUUUCUGUCCCAUAUAAAUAUAUAUACGUCUGCUGAUGAACUAAACUUCUAUAUUAUACCUAAAUAUCUUUCUUAUAAAUGCAUAGAUCAGUGCUAUUCUGUGUUACACCCAUAUUUUAUAUGCUAAUAUUUAUAUUGCUGCUUUAUUUUCUCUUUGAACACUGACAUUUCAAAUAAAAGUUUCUUCUGAACUCA